GAGGCGAGGCCAGCGGCAGGCAGCUCGGGUCUCCGAGGCUGCGGCUCCCCUCCUGCCCCCCGGUCUUCCGUCUGUCCGUCAGUCUGUCCUGUCUGUCUGUCCAGCCAUGGCUGUGCCGACCCCUGUACCUGGGACCUUGUUGCUGUGUCUACUGCUGCUGCCUCUGGGUGCCCAUGGUGAGCUGUGUUUGAAUUUGGGUGGUGACAAGCCAAUCGCACAAUCUUGUCCUGAUUUCUGCUGUGGUUCCUGUUCUCAUCAAUACUGCUGCUCUGACGUCUUGAAGAAAUUCGUGGGGAAUGAGGAAACGUGUGGCAUGGUUAAGGCCAGUCCAUCCAACCCCGCGCAGCCAUUGGAGCAGCUGGGUGUAGCACUGAGGCUUGGAUCCAGCUAUGACAGCUACGAUGACUCCAUGCCAGGAUUUGGAGCGACGAUCGCCAUUGGCCUGACCAUCUUGGUACUGUCUGUGGUCACCAUUAUUGUCUGCUUCACCUGCUCCUGCUGCUGUUUGUACAAGAUGUGCCGCCGACCUCGUCCCGUCGUGACCACCUCUACAGCGACCACAGUAGUGCACGCUCCGUACCCCCAACCCCCAAGUGUACCCCCUAGUUAUCCAGGACCCACCUACCAAGGCUACCAUCCUAUGCCACCCCAGCCUGGAAUGCCAACAGCACCCUAUCCAGCACAAUAUCCACCCCCCUACCCGGCCCAGCCUAUGGGCCCACCAGCCUACCACGAGACAUUGGCUGGAGGUGCAGCCGUGCCCUACCCUAUGAACCAGCCUCCUUACAACCCAGCCUACAUGGACACCCCGAAGGCAGCCCCCUGAUCAUCUACACCCCUCCUUUCUGCCUGCCACUCAGUUAACGCCAUGCGCAUGCGUAUGUGUGUGAGUGAGUGGUAUACAGUUUCCUUAUUGGCUCGUGUGUAAGGUGAGCCCUCUCUUGAUUGGUGGCUUCUUCUGAUGCUGACUAGGUGCGGACCAAUCCUUGCCCGGAUAGGGCAGGACCAAACUUUUUGUUUGUUUGUUUUUCUUUCCCCUUCUUCUCCACUUGAAAUGAAUGCUUUCCUGCAAUUGCAAGCAAAUUCAAAGGUGGGGGGUAUUGGGAGAGAUUUUCUAACUCCCCCCGGAGUGAGCAGGUUAGCACUGUUUUCUUCUGGUUUGUUUUCUGUACUUUUGCACACAUAAUCCUGGUGUGAGGACUUGGGGCCACUUGCUAUUCUGAGGCCCGUGUUUGAUCCCCAGGAUUUGGGGGUGCUGUUCAUCAGGUCUGAGCCACGUGCAGGCAAGUUGGGAAAAUGGGAUCUGUUGAAGCUCAAUGCUUUUAGGCAUUGUACCCAAGAGCCUGGAUCAUGUUUAAUGGGGGGGUGGGGGGGUCAGUUAGCUCCUGAUGUCAAUACCUCUCACGGAGAGGCCCACCUAUCCCAGAUGGCUGUCUCUCUGGACUUUCUUCUCUGAAUCUAUGCGGAGGGACUCUCAAGACUCCUGACUGGCCAUAGGGGAGUUUUCUGGCCUAGCUCUGCGACAGGUGAGCAGAGGGAAGAGCUCUAAUCCCCAACACACUGGGAUUUCCACCCUGCAGCGUUUGCUGUUUUGUUUUUCUUUUUUUUUUACUUUUCGUCAUAUGUGGUUUGUUGUUGUUUUUUUGCCUGUUCUCUGUUUUGAAAAUAUGUGCUCAUGGAUGAGAGGUAAAACCCCUUGGAUCUUGGAGAGAAAUGGAUCCCCAGGGAUACACAAUUCCUCGUGUACCCCCACUUGACCAAGCUUCACAAUGCAUCCAACUCACUGAGUGUGGGGGUGCUCCCGCCUGUCAUCCUGGCUACUCAGGAGGCUGAGAUCUGAGGAUCACAGCUGGAAGCCAGCCUGGGCAGGAAAGGCCAUGAGACUGUCUUGCCAGUGGAUCACCAAAAAAAAAAAAAAAAAAAGCCA